CUGCGGGAAGAGGAGUGUCGCCGGGCGCAGGGAGAGCUCCACAACACACCGCCUCAAACAUGGGAGUCGAAAUCGAGACUAUAACCCCGGGUGACGGAAGGACUUUCCCCAAAAAGGGGCAGACGUGUGUGGUGCAUUAUGUGGGCUCCCUGACAGAUGGACGCAAGUUUGACUCAUCCCGUGACAGGGACAAACCUUUCAGGUUCAAGAUUGGCAAGCAGGAAGUCAUCCGAGGCUGGGAAGACGGAGUGGUGCAGAUGAGUGUUGGUCAAAGGGCCAAAUUGACCUGCUCGCCUGACUACGCUUAUGGAAACAAAGGCCACCCGGGCAUUAUCCCUCCUAACGCCACCCUCCUCUUUGAUGUUGAACUGCUGGGUUUGGAAUGAAACAGAUCCAAAGCCUAUUUUCUUUUUUGUGUUGUGUGACUUCCUACCUGGGUGACUUGGAGAGAAGCUAUAGGAGAGUCUGCAUUUGAUUCUAUAAGAGGCUUGAGUCUAUAGUUCCAUUACGUAUUUCAUCAAACUAUGAAAGUUUGUGUUCUUUUGUCUAUGUGACUGAGUUCAUUCUAUAUUUUCCAUCAUAUCCUUCCUAGUGAGAAGUAUGGGCCAUAACCUCACAACCUCCAUGUUCUCAAUCUUGAAUUGUUUUGGAUUGCUCUUUACUUUUCUUUUUUUCUUUUGAAGUGCUGGUUGUGCAUGGUUACACUGAGAAGUACAAAAUAGCAUUGAACCACUGGCAGCGAUAGUCAUCCUUAAUGAGUCAGUGCGUGUCGGUAUAAUCACGUUUGAGAGCUGGUGGUUGUUAUAUUAUAGAAACAAAAUAAAGCGCACUUAAGAAAAUGAAAAGCACACAGCAAGUAUCCAGCCUAAAACCAGAUCAAAUGCAAUGAGUCUCAGUUAAGGAGAUGAAUUUACUGGCGACCUUGAGUGAAAUGUCAAGUCAUGGGAGGCCUUAAUGGCAACUGUGCCCUAAAUAUAAAAUAUAGUGCCACUGUGUUUUCAUUCUCUUUUAAAUUGUUAACUGAAGUGAGAGCUCCAGAGGGGUAGUUGACAAAAAGUAGAACCAGUCCCAGUUGUAGAUAGCUCUAAUGUGUGCCUAAGUAUUCUCACCAGAAACAUGGUUCAUACCUUACACUGUCUGCAUGUUCAAGUGCCGAUGGAAAUCUUAGUAUGUAGACGCUGAACGCUUUGCAUCCGAUUUUGCGUUUGUACCGCCUUCUCAUCUCGCCAAGUCUUUAAACCCCAUUUAAAGCCAUACACAGCUCGAACAGUGCACAGAUCGGAUUUGUGGUGAUGCACAACAAUUGGAAUUUUUUUGUCUUAGAAAAAAGGGAAAUGCUUGAAAUUUACUAAAGGGGGUUGAGGAAUCAAUAAAAUUGUGACCUCCCCAAACCUUAUUUUGUGUAACAACUUCAACUAUGUAUUUUUCCGAUGCCAACUUUCUAUUUCUGAGAAUCAACAACGUUAAUGAACAUGUAAGCUAUGAUGAAUAAUGAUGCUCUUCUUUUUCUUUUGUAUUUUGUUUUCCUGCCAGGGUCAGUAAAGUACCACGCUGCCUACCCAACGUCUGUGUGGUUGUAGAAAAGAAAUGCUGACACACAGGCAUCCUAGCGGUUUUGUAUCUCAAAUGAAUAGUUUUAAAUGGAGUUUAAAUGAAGGAACACGCUGGCCUGGCUGUCAGAUAUUGACUGUGGCUGUCGAUGUUACAUAUUGGCCAAGCUGCAAUUGGUGUGGCAGCAGUCCACCUCUGUACUGUGUAGUUAUGUGCUGAUACGUUACUGUAUGCAGGCUGAACCAAUGAUGACGUAUUUAAAAUAAAAGAAGUACUCUCCA